AAUCAAAAUCUGCGAAAAUCAAAAUUUUCUUUCCAAUUUCAACCUCUGAGCAGUGAGCAAAAAACAUAGCUUCAGAGAGAAUUUUCCCCCUUUUUUCCUUCUUUCCAUUGAGUGUACCUUCCUCAUAAUUUUUCUAUAUCCACAGUGAAGAACACUUCACAUAUCUAUCUGGAUUCUCGUUGUUGUUCUCCGUUUAUCGCCAUUGCCGGAAGAUAUGAGCAGCGAGGCUACAGCAAAUGCAGAAGAUCUGUUCGCCGAUGCGUCGAAAGCUGCCGAUGUGCUCUACGGCAUUCGAGACACCUAUUUUCCGACGAAUCCAGACGACAAAGCCUCGAAACUACUUGCGGAAUCAAAUCUCGCCCUCCAACUGCUCGAUAGUAUUCCCCAAGAGAAAAGGAAGACGCCACUGCAGAGAGCAACGUACGAGUAUUUGAGAGGAAAAGUACUGGAUGUGUUCCCUGAGUACAAGAAAGAAGCAGAAGAUCAUCUCUCCAAGGCUGUGAAACUGAAUCCUUCACUUGCAGAUGCUUGGUUAAGCUUAGGUAACUGCAUUUGGAAGAAAGGUGAUUUGGCUUCAGCAAAGAAUUGUUUAACCCUUGGCUUAAGCAAGGGCCCCAAUAAAGGAAUUCUUUGUCAAUUAUCAAUGCUUGAAAGAAGAAUGGCUCAAGGUGCUGAAGACGAGGUGAAGAUUGUUGAUGACAGCAUAAAGCAUGCAAAAGAAGCCAUCACUUUAGAUGUCAAGGAUGGAAACUCUUGGUAUAACCUUGGAAAUGCGUGUCUCACAUCUUUUUUUGUAACUGGAGCAUGGGAUCAUGGAAAGCUUCUGCAAUCAUUAAAAGCGUACCAACAUGCUGAAAAAGAUGAAAGAAUGAGGUCGAAUCCUGACCUUUAUUACAACUGUGCUAUUGUAAACAAAUAUCUUGAAAACUAUGAAAGAGCCCUGAGUGGAUUUGAAGCUGCUGCAUUGAGGGAUCCUGGUCUCAAUUCCAUGGUCGAGGUGCAGAAGAUGGUUCGCCUUCUUGACAAAAUAGAGAGUUUGCUACGAGGACAGACAAAAGUUAAACGUUUAGCUUCCAUUGCAUCAUCACUCACUAGUGUCAACUUGAAUGCUUCAUACAGAAGAGAGAACAUAGAUCGUCUGUUAGAAGGUCUGAACAAAGCAGUUGCAGUUGUAGGAAAAGUUAUAUUCUUUGUUAAGCACGAGAAUGUGGCACCAUUUUACUAUGUGCUGUGUGAUUCAAGUCAGAUAUGCUACAUCUUAUCUGUGUAUGGAAUACAAAGUGAGGCGAUAAAAGAAGGAGAUCAGGUCACUCUUUUGGAACCUUCGUACCGUUACGUUGACUUUUCUUGGAAAGAGAAGUUGUAUCAGUUCAGAUCGGUCCGUGUUGACUUCUUGGAGCAAGUGCUUGUGAAUGGAAAAAACUUGUCGCCUCAGCACUCUGUUCAAACCUCAAUCUAUGCUCAAAACAAGACGUGAAAGCGCUGUGGUUUCUUGUCUAGGUAUAAUACGCAGUUUCGAAGUAGGCAUGAAGAAAAUUCUCCCGAGUGAAAAUGAAAAAUUGUUUUGUAUAAAAUAGCGAAACUGUCUGUAAAGAUUUUGUUGAAUUUGUAGCUGUAAAUAGAUCUGAUCAGUCGGUGAAAAUAUAUGUCGAUACAGCUAUGUCGGAAAACUCCAAGCCUUUCAAAUGCAAUCUACUCGUGGAUGUUGCUUUAACCUCCUAA